UGUGCGAAAAAGGAAUCAGUGAAUGGAAUAUCAUCCCUUGCAAACAUUUCCUGAAGGACGUGAUGAUUUUUUGAGAAAAGAAGAAAGAACGGGGAACGAAAUGUUGGGCAAUUCAGAUGGACCUGACAGAGAUGAAUGUAUACGCAGAUAGUAGUACGAUGAAAAUUAAUGAACAAAUAUUAAAGUUUUAAUUAAAGUAGGGGAUUAUUAACAAUUAGAAAGAUAAAAUUUAGUUCAUGGGACGUGUUUUGUCAUGCCAUGAAAUACCCUUCGAAACAAGGAAAGCAAGAAUUGCGCUGAGAAGCCGAAGGAACGUCCUCGGUGCCGAGAUGGCCCGUGACAUGUACCGGGAGACAGUGAGUGGCUACCGACCGGGGGAGUCGGUUAUCUUUACUCCCGGUAGCUCUUCCUUCGCCGUCCUGGACACCACCUAUCAGGAUCCUUUCCCCUAUUACCGCAAGACUUCCCCGUACCCUCCGCUGCCUCUCCUCACGGGCGCCCCAUCCCCCGCGAGCUUUUCCCCGGCAACGGCGACCCAGACAGUCGCGGCGAUGACGGACUUUUUCUACAACACAUCUGACAGUGCCAACUCCACGUCCAUUGAUGAUGCCUAUAACAACCAAACGGUCUCUUCCGAUUCUCCCGUGUUUCCCGAAUACAUCCGCGUCGUCUCCACGAUUUUCUGCAGCAUUGUUCUUUUCGUCGGCGUCGUCGGCAAUGUGUUAGUUCCUGUCGUUAUUUUAAAGAACAGGGACAUGAGAAAUUCUACCAACUACUUCCUCAUUAACCUGAGUUUUGCCGAUCUGUUGGUGUUGCUGAUCUGCCUCCCGUCCGUACUGGUGGAGCUCCACUCGCCCCCCGACGUCUGGGUCCUCGGCUACAGCAUGUGUAAGUACUGA